GCAAGGGCUGUGGCAGGUGUCUGGCCUUCCCAUGGUAGACGUGUGUGUAUGGAAAAGCUGCUGCGCCCAGAGUCCCUGCAGCUCACCUUCACUGUCACUUACGGCCCAGCAGUCGGGCGCGUCCAUUCUUCUCCAUUCACCUGGGUUUGUGGAGCUCCACAUCUGUACUGGAGACCCUUCCCCACCCCCCACUCCCCUGCCCUGUGCACUGCAGUCUCUGAGCUGUCACGCACCCCAGUGGUGGCAGCAUGGGCUGUGCCUGGUGAGGGUUGUCGUGAAUCUGACUUGGUGCCACAGAGCGAGGCAGCAGUCUCCAUCAAUGGGCAGUGGUCCCAGAGUGCAGAAAAGCCUGCCAUUGCUCCGCCCGUCUUUGUGUUUCAGAAGGAGAAAGGACAAAAGUCCUCUGCAGAGCAAAAAGACUUGUCGGAUUCGGGAGAGGAGCCUCGGGGGGAGGCUGAGGCCCCCCACCAUGGCACGGGUCAGCCCGAGUCAGCUGGUGAGCAUGCCCUAGAGCUUCCUGCCCCCGCUAGCGCUUUGGCCCGCGCGCCCGAAGCCCAGCUUCUUCCUUUUCCACGAGAACUGGCAGGGAGGUCAGCAGGCGGCUCCAGCCCCGAAGGUGGAGAAGAUUCUGACCGAGAAGAUGGAAAUUACUGCCCUCCGGUCAAGCGAGAAAGAACAUCCUCUUUAACACAGUUCCCGCCAUCACAGUCAGUAUCCAAAAACAAUGUUUUUAUGCCAUCCACCUUCUGCGAGCCAUCUGCAGGCAACUCUGACUCAGAACCAGAGGAAAAGAGCAGUGGGUUCCGGUUGAAGCCACCGACGCUGAUCCAUGGCCAGGCCCCCAGUGCAGGUCUGCCGAGCCAAAAGCCCAAGGAGCAGCAGCGCAGCGUGCUUCGCCCGGCGGUAUUACAGGCCCCGCAGCCAAAGGCGCUCUCACAGACAGUAGAACCCCUCAUCAGGAGCAAUGCCACAACCCACCUGGGAGAAGCAGUUGUCCCGAGCAGCGGCACCAACGGGGUCAGUAUCCCAGCAGACUGCACGGGGGCAGCAACAUCAGCCUUGCCUGACAACCCAGCCCGGAGAAGUCCAUCUGAUGAGGCGCCAGCACUUGAGAAGUCCCAGAGAAAUGAGUCUAGCAGUGCUUCCGAGGAGGAGAACUGUGAGAAGAAAGAGCAGGGAGCCCAGCAGGCAUUCGUGUUUGGGCAGAACUUGAGGGACAGAGUGAAGUUGAUCAAUGAGAACACUGAAGUGGCAGACAUGGAGAACGCCGGACACCCCAGUUCAGAGACGCCAGCUGCGACCAACUAUUUCCUUCAGUACAUCAGCUCCAGUUUAGAGAAUGCAGCCAACAGUGCCGAUGCCGCCAGCAGCAAAUUCGUGUUUGGCCAGAACAUGAGUGAGCGCGUGCUGAGCCCGCCCAAGUUAAAUGAACUCAGCUCAGAUGCCAACAGAGAAAACACAGCAGCAGAGUCUGGCUCCGAGUCCUCGUCACAGGAGGCCACCCCUGAGAAAGCUAAUCACAUUGCAGAGUCCCUGGCCGAGUCGGCAGCCGCCUACACCAAGGCGACGGCACGGAAGUGCCUGCUAGAGAAGGUGGAGGUCAUCACUGGGGAGGAGGCCGAGAGCAACGUGCUGCAGAUCCAAUGUAAGCUGUUUGUCUUUGACAAGACCUCUCAGUCGUGGGUGGAAAGAGGCCGGGGGCUGCUCAGACUCAACGACAUGGCGUCCACUGACGACGGGACGUUGCAGUCCCGACUAGUGAUGCGGACCCAGGGCAGCCUGAGACUGAUCCUUAACACCAAGCUGUGGGCCCAGAUGCAGAUGGACAAGGCCAGCGAGAAGAGCAUCCGCAUUACAGCCAUGGACACUGAGGACCAGGGUGUGAAGGUCUUCCUGAUCUCGGCCAGCUCCAAGGACACCGGCCAGCUCUACGCAGCGCUGCACCACCGCAUCCUGGCCCUGCGCAGCCGCGUGGAGCAGGAACAGGAGGCCAAGGCACCAGCCCCCGAGCCUGGGGCCGCCCCAUCCAACGAGGACGACAGUGAUGACGACGAUGUGCUGACCCCGUCGGGGACCUCCGCAGGCGGCGCCGGCGAUGAAGGCGAUGGGCAGACGGCUGGGAGCACAUAGCGCCAGGAGCCAGCCGCCGCGAGCCUGCUGCUUUGUCCGUCUGUCUGCCCGCCCGCCCCACCCCCGGCAGCAUCGAGGCACGGGGCUCGGGAACCACACUCCCCGCUGGGUUGGCCACAGUCUGGAUCCGCACGUCCCGUUCAGAAGCAGACUCGGGAACUGCCUGAAUGUGGUUUGGGACACGAACCUCAUCAUAUUGAUGAGCAAAACGAAAAAGAACAUUUCUUCCCUCCCCACCUUGAAUUGAAAUGGCACAUUAAGACUUGUCACGGCUUCUCACUGGGACUGGGACACCUCGUUUCUUCACCCCACCCUCCCUGUGUCGCCGGCUUCCCCCGCCGCCUGCCCAGGCCGCCGGGCCAUCUCACAGUGUAACACUGGGCCUGCUGGACCGUCUGUUACCACCAUCUUUACCUCCCGCCCCCACCUUCUGACUUGGGGGUUUUAUUUUUAGAUCUUUUCUGCCCCCAAGGCUUUGUGUUGGUCUCCUAGAUCGAGUGAGGCAAUUCUGUGUCGAGCAGGCGUGGCUGCACUGUGGGCUGCACCCUGGUUCCCCCUGUGACCCCAGCCCCCACGCUGGGGGUGCUCAGGACUGCUCGAGAGCCAGCCCCAUGGGUUCCCCACCUGGGAUUCCUCCAGGCCGAGUCGUGGGGUGCGGACAGGUUGGGCCUUGGGCCUGGAGAGCUUAUCUAGAAAAGGGUCACUGGACAUGGUUGGAGUGGGGGUGGGCACCAUCCUCCUAUUUGUCCCCGUGACAUGGGUCACCCAUCCUCGGGUGCCCAGGUGCAAGCCUGCUUCGUGCCCUUGGCCAUUUCUCACCAGGCCCUGGACGUCUCUGCCCCCAAGACUGUCGAGGGCUGGGGACCUCUGAGAGGGGAACCCUGGCAGGGCCUUCAAAGAGGGGGCAGCAAGCAGAGCGGUUUCAGACAGCAGGCAGAACCCGUGCUUGCAGCACACACAGGAGCGUGCCCUCUGCUUGCCCCACCCCGGAGCAUGGCCAAGAGCAGCUGGGCGCUGCCUCCCCCCAUGUCGGGGCUCGCAGAGGAGGUCUCUGUGCACAGAGCGCCAGGGCUUCACAGGAAACCUCCCAGCCGCCCUGACAGGGUGAGGAGGGGGCCGUCUGAGCCACGCCACCCGCACCCCGGGGUGGCCCUGCAGCCCGCGCCUGAGCCACGGGACAUCACCAAAGGCCCCCCCCCCCCCAGCAGAUCCGGUCACACUUCUCUGCUUUAAGCCUUAGUCAACUAGUGACAAGUAAAACCAGAUAAUGCCCACGUGUUUUGAAACAUUUAUGUAAGAUUGUCAUAUGAAAUGUAUUUGGGAACUACAUUAAAACUUUUAAC